AUGUUCGCCAGAAUCUUCGUCCCCAAGAAGCACCGGCAGCGCUUCGACGAGGCCGUCUCCCAGAACGUUAUCAACCGCCUCUGCCGCAGCAAGAGCAUCAGCGAGCCGCAGGGCCGACUCCGCCGCAGUCGGAGCGAGGAUCACUCCGACCGCCGCCACGGGUCCAAGCGGGCCAGCUCGGUGCCGAGGGAUGGAGGCGAGCCGGGAGGGAGAGGUGAAGCAGAGAAAGACAGGGGCGCAAGGAAGUCUGUGUCUGGGGCCCCUGCACACCCUCCCCUCGGACCCAAUCAGAGGAUAAUUCGUGUCUACAGGGGAAAGAAGAGUUUCGGCUUCACGCUGCGAGGUCACGCUCCCGUCUGCAUCGACUCCGUCAUCCCAGAUAGUCCUGCUGAGGAAUGUGGGCUGAAACCGGGUGACCGCAUCCUUUUUCUCAAUGGAUUGGACAUGAGGAACUGUUCCCACGAGAAGGUGGUAUCCAUGCUGCAGGGCAGCGGGGCCAUGCCCACGCUUGUCGUGGAGGAGGGUCCAUCUGACUUCUCCUCAGACCAAACCGACCCAGAGGAGUCCCCGAAUCUGGCCCCCACCACUUUACCACGAUCCAGAUCUCCAGCCCUCACUUCUCUCCAGUGGGUGGCAGAGAUCCUCCCCCCGAGCAUCAAAGUCCACGGCCGGACCUUCAGCCAGCAGCUGGAGCACCUGCUCACCAUCCAGGAGAGAUACACCGUCUGCAAGUCCUUGGAGACCUUUUUCCAGCACAGGAACGUGGACACCCUGAUAGUCGACGUGUUCCCCGUGUUGGACACUCCGGCCAAGCAGCUGAUCUGGCAGUUCAUCUACCAGCUACUGACCUACGACGAGCAGGAGCGCUGCCAGGGCAAGCUGUCCCGCUUCCUCGGUUUCAAGAGCAGUGCGGUGUUGGAGCCCGACGGGGGGACGGAGCACCACCGGCGCAGCAGCUCUGUGCGUGUGACGGGGACGUCGUACCGCGGCAUCGUCCGGGAGAGGAGCUCCGACGACUGCAUCAUCGGGACUCACUUGGGAAUGGGGAUUCAUAUCGAUGAAACUGGGAGCCCGGAAGAGAGGCAGUCAGGAGAUGGAACCUCCUUCCCCGAGUCCCCUGACCUAAAUCAUAUGACAGGGGUCUACACGGAGCUGGAGAACAUGUACGCAGGGAAGAGCGUGUCUCCAGAGCCCGAGGGUCCGGGACAGACUGAGGCCUACGGCCGCUCUCUCUCCCCCCUCACACUGCCCCCGCUCACAGGGAACCGUAAAUCCGGCUUGUCCCUGUCCUGGAAGGAGCCUCUCCCCACCCCCGUGUACGAGAUCCACCACCAGAGCAGCGUGGACUCCAACCCGUACGUCAGCCUGGAAAGCCCCCCCGCCUCCCCUCAGCCCUCGGACAGUGGUCCCAACACACUGACCCGCCGCAGGAAGCUGUUCACCUUUUCCCGCCCGCCUCGCAGCCGCGACACGGACAAGUUCCUGAACGCCCUGAGCGAGCAGCUGGGCCACCGGGUCACUCUGGUGGACGACUUUUUACCCGGGGAGAACGACUACGAGGAGAUGAGUUUCCCAGAGGACCAGGAGCUGGGCUUCAUGCCCCGGCGGCUGAGCAGUGACAGCAGUGAAGGUCACAGCAGCAGCGACGACGCCUCUUCUCCCACCUAUUCCUCCGGUUCAGAACCCAUCCCACCUCCUCCCAACGAAAGCCCUCCGCCUCCCCCGCCCUUCCAGUCUCUGAUACCCCCUCCUAUCCAGUUCACCGACCCUCUCCCGCCGGUGCGCUUCUCUCCAGAGCACGUCCCGCGUAGCCGGAUGCCCUUCCAGCCACAUCACCCCAUCAUCCCGCCUCCCCCGCCGCCCCCACGGGCCCUGCUGUCCAGCCGCUCCCCUCUGCACAAGGCGCGCCCCGGCAGAGAGGAGGCGGAGAAGAGCCACCAGCGCCUCCAGCCCACUUCCACCCGGCUCUCGCACGGCCACGCCACCCUGGGUUCCUCCACUUUGCGCUCUUCCCAUCCGUCACGCACGAGCUACCUCCCCCGCCAGCUCAGCCAGCCCAUCUGCCAGCCGUCGCCCCUGCCCUCCCCUCAGCUGCUGAGGCCGAGCCAGCUGGUGCUACAGAGGCACCACCAGCUCCACCACCAGCACAGCUACCAGGGCCCACUGCCCCCGUCCCUGCAGGAUCACACCCCCACCCAGUGUCAAAGCCACGGCCCCCCCGGCUCCUCGCUGCUCUCCCACCCUGCAGCCUCUCACUCCAGCCUCCCCAGUCACGCCAAGACCUUUGAAACCACAAGGCAGGAACAGCCAGGGCAGGCUCUGCCGCCUCCUCCACCACCGUUGCCUCCGCCCUGCGAGCCGCCUCCGCUGCCCAAAGCAGGCAGCCACGCCUCAGACACCAACCACAUGAGUGUGAAGAGGCUGCGCUGGGAGCAGGUGGAGAACUCUGAGGGAACGAUAUGGGGUCAGCUGGGAGAGGAUUCCGACUACGACAAGCUCAGUGACAUGGUGAAGUUCCUGGACCUGGACCUGCACUUUGGGACUCAACGCAGAUCCAUCUCUCCUCCAGAGCCCGCCUUCGUGCCAGAGAACUUUAAAAAGAAAGACGUUGUGGAGAUUCUGUCACAUAAGAAAGCCUACAAUGCAUCCAUCCUCAUCGCCCACCUGAAGCUUUCCCCCGCCGAGCUGCGUCAGGUCCUGAUGAACAUGACGACCGACAGGCUGGAGCCGGCCCACAUCAAGCAGCUGCUGCUCUACGCUCCAGACGACGGCGAGGUCAAGCAGUACGAGCAGUUCGAUCAGGACCCGGGCAAACUCAGCGAGCCGGACCAGUUCAUUUUCCAGAUGCUGAUGGUGCCUGAGUAUAAGACUCGUCUGCGGAGCCUCCAUUUCAAGACGACCCUGCAGGAGAGGACGGAGGAGAUGAGGGUGGCGUUUGAUUACAUCUACAAGGCCUCAGUGGAGCUGAAGAGCAGCAAGAAACUGGCUAAAAUCCUGGAGUUUGUUCUCGCAAUGGGAAAUUACCUGAACAACGGGCAGCCAAAGAGCCACAGGACCACAAGUUUCAAGAUCAACUUCCUCACUGAGCUGAGCACAACCAAAACAGUGGAUGGGAAAUCCACCUUUCUCCACAUUCUGGCCAAGUCUUUGUGCCAACACUUCCCCGAGCUGCUAAACUUUCCCAGAGACCUUACAACGGUGCCUCUGGCAGCUAAAGUGAACCAGAAGGUCAUCACGACAGAGCUGAACGAACUGCACGCCACCGUCCAGGACAUCAGGACGGCCUGCCAGAAGAUCCAGGCCACCUCGGAGGAUCACUUCGCUUCUGUCAUGAGCAGUUUUCUGGAGAACAGCCACCCUGCCAUCCAGUCUCUGGAGUCUCUGCAGACCCGGGCGAUGGAAGAGUUCUCCAAAGUGUCCGCCUUCUUCGGAGAAGACAGCAAAUCAACCAGCACGGAGAGCUUCUUUGGCAUCUUUGCAGAAUUCAUGUCCAAGUUUGAGAGAGCUCUCGGUGAGAUGCAGACUCCGGAAAACCCCCGGAGCCCCAGACUGUCUUCCCCUCUGGCCUGGUAGAAGAGAAAAACGAAGGCAGAUGUCGGCCCGAAACCGAGAAUUUUCACUCUGCUCUCCGCAACCAAAGUGCCAAGAUCCCACACAGAGACGCUCACACCGACAGGAACAGAGAUGACGCGACAGAAACACACCGCAUCAAUAUGUAGAUAAUCACAGCAGUUGACGAGUGCCCCGUGUGCAGCAGUGCUGUUGUUCCAGGUGCUGGGAAGAGCAGAAACAUUCAGGGGUCCACAAACACCAGUCUGGCAUCUCUUUUGAACGCACAUCACUUCAGAGUGCAAGUAGCCACCCAGGUGCAGUUUAUUACUCCCCUUUGUGUCCAUCUUGCAUUUAAGGGAAGUUUAAGCAACGACGAUUGCUAGUCGGGAUACUUACAGAUUACUAGAUAUGUUUAUUAUAUGACUAUAAAGUUUAUAUUUUCUAUCAGAUCAUAUUUGAAAAUAAUUAAGAUUAAGCGUGGAUGUAGACUGAUGACAGAUAUCUGAAGGCAAGCUGAUUCAUUACUGUAGUUUGAUGGUGCUUUCACUGCCUCCCACACAGCAUUUAUUUCAAAGCCACAGUGUGAGGCAGUACUUGUCCUGACCACAUGGGGGCGCAUCGGUCUGCAGUGCUGGACCAAGGGACACUGACAAUACUGUAUGAAUGAGUGGAGGUGGGGCGACACCAAGCCUGAACCAUCUCACUUCCGCAUUGACACUCAUGCCGAACUAAGAUUGGUUGCAGUUCCUCGACUGACCACUAGAGGCCGGCAGCAAAAGUGAGUCAAUCUCCAUUGAACAUAUUUACAGCCUGGUUAAAAAAACUAAACAAUUUUGCUCUGUUGGCUGAUUUCACACCCAUGACAACUCUGAGGUGGAUGAAUUAUUUUGUACCACGCUGAGAGUUUAUAUAAAGUAAUACAUUUAUUUC